AUGUCAAUACACCAAUCUGAAUAAUAUAAAAAGUAGCCUUAAUAGGAAGAGAAAGCCAAAAAAUUGUUUAUGAAGAUUAUUCUAAACGGCCUACGCAAGUUUUUUAACAUGAAUGAACUUCCGUAUCAUCCUUUGAUAACUUGUGUAAGUAUUAAACCAGGAUGUAUCAAUCGCUGUGCCUCCCUUUAAUCAUAUCCUAAUUAAUCUGUAUGGAAAUCUCUUGUAGAUUUACCUAAGGAAAUGCAACAAGAGGUUGUUGAGUUUCUAAUCAAAGAGUUGGAUGCAAAAUCAAUAAAAUUCUAAUCGAAAUUUUUAAUAGAAAGCUAAGAAAGAAUAAGGAAUAACUUCGACUUUUAGAGCUUCUACAAAGAGCCAACUAAGUUUGAGAUUCCAUCAAAUGAUAAGUAAUCAGAAUUUUAGAAAGACGCUGACAAGGAAAUUAAGGAUGAUGGAACAAAGAUAAAAUAGAAGAAAUGGUUCAAAGGUGAGGACUUUGUCAGUGAAUCUAAGUAAAUUGCCACAUAGAUGAAAUUAUGUAACCAACAUCCUCCGUUAGUAGAAGUAAGUUCAUUUCAUUUUCAUAAAAUGAGAUGUCUUCUAGAAAAAAUCAAAGAGUAAAAAUUUAAACAGUCAGAAGAGAUGAAAAUCUUUGUAGAGGAACUCGAGAAGUUUAUUUAGAAUGACCCAAAAGCUGAGGAACACAAAAAAAAGAGGAAGAUUAAAAAAUAUAAUGAUAAAAAGAAUCAUCAACAUGAUGAUGAAGAAUUGAUUUAAGGAUAAAUAACACUUUAAAGGGAAGUUAAAGUAGAAGACAAUUCAGCCUAAGACUUCCUUGAUCAAUUCAAACUCAAGGUUAAGAAAAUUGAACCUGGUAUUGUUCUUUACCUUCCAUAAUACUAUAAAAUACUCCCAAAGUAUCGUGAAUAUUGCAAAAGUCUAGAAGAUAGUUACUUCAAAAAUUUAUAUUACUUGGUAUAAGUGGGGGAAUUAAUACUAAAUUCUUAAGAUAUCUUAAAGUUCCUCCGCCAAGUCUUUAAAAAUUUAGAUUUUUGGGUUCCAUACGAGCAGAAAAGCGAAAUUCCAACAAAAUGA